UAAUAGACAGAAAAUUCCAAAUCCUAGACUUCCAACGUUGCUCGUUGGCCAACACGCAGAAGAAAAAACUCGACUUUGAUUCAUUCAUGUUCGUCAACUGCGCUAUCAGUUUCCUCACCUUCCUCGUUUUCUCCUCCCCUUCAAUCCCCCCCUAUAUAAGCGUUGCAAUUCUUAGGGCUUCGCUCGCGUCAUCUUCUUUCUAACAACCACACUGCAUUCCCUCACCAAUUUCCUGAGAUUUGAAGCCCAAAAUCUAACCUCCAAAAUACCCUUUUUUUUCACCUUACCACUCAAAAAUGGCUGAGAACAGUUUAUCAUCGUCCAUCGGCCGCAGCUCAAGAAUGGAUAUAAAGAUAAACUCGCUCACCAUUGUCGUUGGGGCAAUGUUCCUCUUUCUCACCGUUAUCUUUGUCUUCCUCCUUUACUUUUACGCCAAAUACUAUUGGGGAUCAAGGCCUGACCGUCGCCGUGCCCAUUUCAUCUUCGCGGCUGGAAACGCCGCGGUCCCCAGUCGAGGUCUCGACCCCGCCGUUCUGAGCUCAAUCCCAAUCACUCUUUACAGGCCGAGUGAUUUCAAGGACGGGCUCGAAUGCGCCGUUUGUCUCUCCGAACUCGCCGCCGGAGAAGAGGUUCGCCUGCUUCCGAAAUGCCGCCAUGGAUUCCACCUUGAAUGUAUUGAUAUGUGGUUCCAAUCCCAUUCCACUUGCCCGAUUUGUCGUUGCACGGUCGGCCCUGAGACCGUCGAAGACGAUGGAAAUCGAUCGGCUGAAUCGCCUGAUAUACCUACGAAUGUUCUGUUUUGGGGGAAUCUGAAUCAGGUUAGCGCGAGGAGACUGGCUUCGGAGGAAGAGAACUCGGGCGCAUCUGCUUCUUCUGAUAGGAAUUUAAUGAUCUCAAUCCCUACUCGAUCGACUGAGGGAUUGUUCUCAUCGUCGGUAUCACCAUUGCCUUCUAGCAGGUCUCAAAUUGAGGAAAUAAAGACGCCUGUGGAGGAUAAGAGAUCACCUGCUACACCAAAGCUGUGGUCUUUAAGAAGGAUUUUGAGCAUGGGGAAGAGGACGAGUGGUUCUCCUAGCAGUAGCCCUAGGAUUAACGAUAUUGAGCAGGGAUUGGUGGGAUCUGUAGCAGAAAAUGGAGAGGGAAGCUCGAGUAAAUCUCCUACAAGUUCCUUCUAAGUCAGUUGGAGAGAAUUUUAUUAUCAGAUUACUGAGGUUUGGUUCUCUUCUCAGUUCUCUAUGCGAAAAUUCAGAAGUUCUCCUGUAAAAGUUAGGAACUUUAUGAUGAGAUUUCUUUCUUCUUUUCUUAAGGAUUUGGAAAAUUUUGUGACAAUCCUGUCAAUAAAUGUUCUAUAGAUUGAACAUCUCCAUUCUAUUUACAGAAAGUGUAAAAAUAGCUUAGAUUCUUAGUCAUUUGGCGCUAUCAUUACAAUAAAUAAACUAUGUAUAGAUUAUACUUUGUGAUGUUGUUGCUGCAGCUGUAAUAAGUAGUUCUCUUCUCAUUUGGCUGCUCGCAAAUGAAUGAGAUAAUUUAGAAAAAAUUUGAAUUCUUUGACAGUAUGAGCACAC